AUGUCGAAUCACAGUCUUGACACCAUGGCUUGGGGGAACGUCGCUGGUGAGGGCCCAGCGUCGCACCUGACUGUGCUGGAAAAUGCCUUGCAACAAUCUGUUACCUCAGAAGAACGAACCCUGUCCACCUUUGAGCGAGUGAUAACAACAAAUGCACCCAUAUUCGAGUCUCUUUUACUUCAGAUCCCGACCGAUACAAUCAUUAAGCUGUAUCACACUUCAAGUUACCUCCGUACGUUCCUUCGAUCAUACCCGACCGCAUGGAAGUCACUCUCGUUUCGCCUACAAUUUCCUUCAAGCACUCUACCCAAUCCUCAAAUCAAUGACCCAACCGGCCCUGACACAGCUUCGGCGCGUCAAUCCCGACCGUACGCCCUAGACAUGUUCCUGAUGAAUGUGGUGCUACCAUUCAGUAGGUGUUUGAAAAGCCUAGAACUGGAUAACACAGCCAUUUCGGGAGAGAACCUGACCUCGACCGUGUUGCAUUCACGCCGGGAGACGCUGGUUCAUCUCUCUGUUAGGGGCUGCAAGAAUGUCUCUUUGAAAUAUCAUAUUGUUCCUUUCUUGACCAUGUUCGCGUUGCAAUGUGACAUUGACAUGGGGGAUAACACCGGCAGCGCCCCCGGGAUGCAACGGCUCGCUCUCAAGAGUAUAUACGCCUACCGAUGUCGACAUCAUCGAAGACGCCCUUAUUUAUCAUCUUCACUGAUGCGGAAGGACGCCGACGCGGAGUCGACCCAUGAACUUGUCAAUAUCUGCCACAAGCUGGGUAUCUGGACUGAUACCGCUUGGUGCACCACACCUGCCGGUAGAUGCGCUCGCAGAGCCGGUUACGUCAAAUCGAGAUUCCCCCAUGGGGCAGCGUCACCGGAAGUCUGGUCGCACGUAUACGAUGGAAAGCUGUGGGAGAAUCGUGACACUGGAUUCUAUGGGGAGGCAUUAGGAACUGGCGAGGGUAUCGACUGGGGUGAGGGGAAAAUGACACCUGCCCAUCUGCGCCGGAGUCAUACCCAAUUUGUCGACAAGAUCCGCUGUGACAACUGCCUCGAUGAUAUCUCAGAACGAUGUGAACAUUGCAGCGUCCUCAUGCACUGUGUCGGAUGUCGUAAAACACUAUGUGCGAGCUGUGCCCACGAACGACCGUAUCUUUACAGAAGUACGCCAUCUUCGUCUGAAAAAACCCAGGAUGCCUUCUGGUGGGCACCUGGGGCCACGCACUCUCCGGGCUCAAUGCAGGAUCCCGUGGAUAUCCUGGCAGAUCCCAAUCAAGCCCAGGGUACAGGGAUGGACCCACCUAUCCUCAAUUUCCAUUGGUGCUGCACCAAGCCUGACCUCUCCGGGGAGGCGGGAUUAGUAUCGGACCUCGCAAUGGUGAAGUGGAUCAGUGAAUGGAGCAAGACAUUCCCUAAAUAUGCGUAUGGAGAUCCGAGCAAGCCGGACUACUCGCUUGAAACGGGUCAUCUGGCGAUGAUGAAGUGGCUGCUGGGUCCCCCCAACCGGGAAGUUUCACCGUGUCCGCGUAACUUGUGCCAAGGAUGUUACGAUUCACCGCAGUGGAAGGUGCACUGCAAGAGCUGCUCCAAGCCUCUCUGCAUUGAGCAUGACCUCCGUGGGCUUCGUUUAAGGAUCUGCGGCUAUCGAGACCUCGAGACAGAAAAGCAAACCAUUCAAAAUCGAUUCGCUGCAAAUCUUUCGGGAUCCCUCAUCUCUAGCCAACUUCCCGAAUACGACUUACCAUUUAGAACCCAACAACUUCUUGACUCAACAAACAAAAGCUUCAUUGACGAUUCACGACAAGAUAGCAUGGACGAGGAAAAUACACACGAAUCACAUGUUGGUGAUCAGUCGGCUCCUGUUUCCUUCUUCUCCAACCAACCAUCUCGGUCAUAUUCGGCCCCUGCGUCUGACCAUUCCUCCCCUCCCUCAUCCUCAUCCUCCACCUUCUUUGAUUCGCCGACAUUUGAAACCCCAAGAUGGCAGGGCUGCCAAUCCUUCUUCUGUCCCCCGGCUGAUCCUAUCACCGGAAUCAGGGAUGUUAGAGGCGGUAUCAGAGACCCACGUCCCAGGUGUCCCAGCUACCUGCGAGAAUGCAAAGGCUGCAAGGUGUAUGUAUGCGCGGACUGCAUAUAUACCAACCCACCAUGCAAAUGCUCGUAUUGCGAGGAGAACUACCUGUGCCCCAAUUGCAUGACAGACCGCCCUCGUGACAGCCUGUGCCGCCGUCGCCACGAGGAAAAGGCGCAGCGUGAUCGCAAAUGGAAAAAGGAAAUGCAGGCGCUUGAGGCCAUCCUAGAGCUCAAAGUGGCUAAUGAGCUGGCCGAGUUUGCAGGCGAGUUCUUUGACCUCGUCGAGCGACGUAGUCUGCCUUCGGGGACUACGGUCCCCUUUAAUGACGGGAUCGCCGAUAUUUUCGAAAGUGACAUUGCAGCGGCGGAAACAUCCGCCUCGCACUUCGAGCCUGAUGACCUCGAGUGGUUCCUCCAGGAGUCUCAUUAG